GGCUCGGAGUGCGGUGGCGGACAUUCCCCGGUGGUAGUGGCGGCGGCUCAGAGCGGGCUCCGGGGCGCGAGCGCGGCGGCUAGCGGACGCCGGACGGCGAAGAGGGGGACCUCGGCUGCAGGCGCGGAGAAGGGCUCUCGCGGCGCCAGGCAGGAGAGCGAGGGGACCGGCUCGGGCGGCUGCGCUGUCGGCCUUGUAGAGCGCGGGCACCGGGCCAGCAGGCCGCGUCGCGCUCACCAUGGUCAGCUGCUGGCACACCGCGGUCCUGCUGUGCGCGCUGCUUGGCUGUUUGCUUCUCACAGGAUAUGGUUCAGGGUCGAAGUUAAAAGGCCCUGAACUGAGUUUAAAAGGCGCCCAGCAUGUCAUGAGAGCCGGCCAGACUCUUUUUCUCAAGUGCAGAGGGGAGGUGGCCCACACGUGGUCUCUGCCUGCAACGGUGAGUACGGAGGAGAAACGGCUGAGUGUCACUAGAUCUACCUGCGGGAGGAACCACAGACAGUUCUGCAGCACCUUGACCUUGGACAUGGCGCAGGCCAACCACACGGGCCUCUACACCUGCAGAUACCUCCCCAAAUCUGUGUCCAAGAAGAAGAAAAUGGAAUCCUCCAUCUACAUAUUUGUCAGUGAUGCAGAGAGUCCCUUCAUAGAGAUGCACAGUGACAUCCCUAAACUUGUGUACAUGAGGGAAGGACAAGAACUCAUCAUCCCCUGCCGAGUGACAUCACCCAACAUCACAGUCACCCUGAAAAAGUUUCCAGCUGAUACUCUGAUCCCUGAUGGAGAAAGAAUCAUGUGGGACAGUACGAAAGGCUUUAUAAUAGCAAAUGCAACAUACAGAGAAAUAGGACUUCUGAACUGCGAAGCCACAGUCAACGGGCGCCUCUACCAGACAAACUAUUUGACCCAUCGGCAAACCAAUACAAUCCUAGAUGUCCGCAUAAGCCCUCCAAGCCCGGUGAGACUGCUCCAUGGCCAGACUCUUGUCCUCAACUGUACCACAACCACUGACCUGAACACGAGGGUGCAGAUGAGCUGGCAUUACCCUGGCAGAGCAACUAAGAGAGCUUCCAUAAGGCAACGGAUUGACCAAAGCAAUCCCCACAACAAUGUGUUCCACAGUGUUCUUAAGAUCACCAACGUGCAGCGCCAAGACAAGGGACUCUACACUUGCCGUGUGAAGAGUGGAUCGUCAUUUAGAUCUUUCAACAGCUCCGUGCAUGUGUACGGAAAGGGAUUCAUCAGCGUGAAGCAUCGGAAGCAGCAGGUGCAGGAAACCAUAGCGGGAAAGCGGUCCUAUCGGCUGUCCAUGAAAGUGAAGGCCUUCCCCUCGCCAGAAGUUGUAUGGUUGAAAGAUGGCUCACCUGCCACAGAGAAGUCGGCUCGCUAUUCGGUGCACGGUUACUCGCUGGUUAUCAAAGAUGUGACUACUGAGGACGCAGGGGACUAUACAAUCCUGCUGGGCAUAAAGCAGUCAAACCUCUUUAAAAACCUCACUGCCACCCUGAUUGUAAAUGUGAAACCUCAGAUCUAUGAGAAGUCCGUGUCGUCCUACCCGAGCCCGGCUCUCUAUGCGCUGGGCAGCAGACAGGUUCUCACUUGCACCGUGUAUGGAAUCCCUCAGCCUACAGUCGAGUGGCUCUGGCACCCCUGUCACCACAAUCGCUCCAAAGAAAGGUAUGACUUCUGUUCUGAGAGUGAAGAGUCCUUGAUCCUGGGUCCUGACAGCAACGUGGGAAACAGAAUUGAGAGCAUCACUCAGCGUAUGAUGGUCAUAGAAGGAACCAACAAGACGGUUAGCACCUUGGUGGUGGCGGACUCGAGAACUUCUGGAAUCUACAGCUGCAAGGCCAUCAAUAAAAUAGGGACUGUGGAAAGAAACAUAAAAUUUUACGUCACAGAUGUCCUGAAUGGCUUUCACGUCUCCUUGGAAAAGAUGCCCACAGAAGGAGAGGACUUGAAAAUCUCCUGCACGGUCAACAAGUUCCUGUACAGAGACAUUACCUGGAUUCUGCUCCGGACAGUUAAUAACAGAACCAUGCACCAUAGCAUCAGCAAGCAAAAGAUGGCCACCACCCAAGAGUAUUCCAUCACUCUGAACCUUGUCAUCAAGAAUGUGUCCCUGGAAGAUUCAGGCACCUAUGCCUGCAGAGCCAGGAAUAUAUACACAGGGGAAGAAAUCCUCCGGAAGACAGAAGUUCUCGUUAGAGACCAGAAGGCGCCACACCUGCUGCAGAACCUCAGUGACUACAAGGUGUCCAUCAGCGGCUCUGCGACCUUAGACUGCCUAGCUAGCGGUGUCCCUGAGCCUCACAUCGCUUGGUUCAAAAACAACCACAAAAUACAGCAAGAACCUGGAAUUAUUUUAGGACCGGGAAACAGCACGCUGUUUAUUGAAAGAGUCACAGAAGAGGAUGAAGGUGUCUAUAGGUGCAGGGCCACCAACCAGAAGGGCUCCGUGGAAAGCUCAGCCUACCUCACGGUGCAAGGCUCCUCGGACAAGUCAAACCUGGAGCUGAUCACGCUCACAUGCACCUGUGUGGCUGCCACACUCUUCUGGCUCCUUCUAACUCUCUUCAUCCGGAAGCUGAAACGGUCUCCUUCUGAAGUAAAGACGGACUACCUGUCAAUCAUAAUGGACCCCGACGAAGUUCCCCUGGAUGAGCAGUGUGAACGGCUGCCCUAUGAUGCCAGCAAGUGGGAGUUUGCGCGGGAAAGACUUAAACUAGGCAAAUCGCUCGGCAGAGGGGCCUUUGGGAAAGUGGUCCAAGCAUCUGCAUUCGGCAUUAAGAAGUCACCCACCUGCCGGACUGUGGCUGUGAAGAUGUUAAAAGAGGGGGCCACGGCUAGCGAGUACAAGGCUCUCAUGACGGAACUCAAGAUCCUAACUCACAUCGGCCAUCAUCUGAACGUGGUCAACCUCCUGGGAGCCUGCACCAAGCAAGGAGGGCCGCUGAUGGUGAUCGUGGAGUACUGCCGAUACGGGAACCUGUCCAACUAUCUCAAGAGCAAACGCGACCUGUUCUUUCUCAACAAGGAUGCAGCCUUGCAUAUGGAGCCCAAGAAAGAAAGCCUGGAGCCAGGCCUGGAGCAGGACCAGAAACCCAGACUCGACAGUGUCAACAGCAGCGAGAGUGUUGCCAGCUCGGGCUUCCAGGAAGACAAAAGCGUAAGCGAUGCUGAAGAAGACGAGGAUUACAGUGAGAUCUCCAAGCAGCCCCUCACCAUGGAAGACCUGAUUUCCUACAGUUUCCAAGUGGCCAAAGGCAUGGAGUUUCUGUCCUCCAGAAAGUGCAUUCAUCGAGACCUGGCAGCACGAAACAUCCUUUUAUCUGAGAACAAUGUGGUGAAGAUUUGUGAUUUUGGCCUGGCCCGGGAUAUUUAUAAGAACCCCGACUAUGUGAGGAAAGGCGAUACUCGACUUCCCCUGAAAUGGAUGGCUCCUGAAUCCAUCUUUGACAAGAUCUACAGCACCAAGAGCGACGUGUGGUCCUAUGGAGUGUUGCUAUGGGAAAUCUUCUCCUUAGGGGGUUCUCCAUACCCAGGAGUGCAGAUGGAUGAAGACUUCUGCAGCCGCCUGAAGGAAGGCAUGAGGAUGAGGGCACCAGAGUAUGCAACGCCUGAGAUCUAUCAAAUCAUGUUGGAUUGCUGGCACAAAGACCCCAAAGAGAGGCCCCGGUUUGCAGAACUCGUGGAGAAACUCGGUGACCUGCUUCAAGCCAACGUCCAGCAGGAUGGUAAAGACUACAUCCCCAUCAAUGCCAUACUGACGAGAAACAGCGGCUUCACCUACUCUGUCCCCACCUUCUCUGACGACUUUUUCAAGGGUGGAUUUUCAGCUCCAAAGUCUCCCACUGGAAGCUCUGACGAUGUUAGAUAUGUCAAUGCUUUCAAAUUCAUGAGCCUGGAAAGAAUCAGAACGUUUGAGGAGCUUUCGCCAAACGCCACCUCUAUGUUUGAAGAUUAUCAGCUAGACACGAGCACUCUGCUGGCCUCCCCGCUGCUGAAGCGAUUCACCUGGACUGAGACCAAGCCCAAGGCCUCCAUGAAGAUAGACUUGAGAAUAACCAGUAAAAGCAAGGAGUCGGGGCUUUCUGAUGUCCCCAGGCCCAGCUUCUGCUUCUCCAGCUGUGGCCACAUCAGGCCUGUGCAUGACGACUCUGAGCUGGGGAAGGACCCGUGCUGCUCGCCACCCCCAGACUACAACUCCGUGGUGUUGUACUCCUCCCCACCCGCCUAACGCUCUGAGCCCACUGCAGACCGCUACCCUGACAGUAUUAUGCAUAUAUGAGUUUACACCUAUUCCUCUCCGCAGGAGCCGGCUGCUUUCUGUGACUUAAUAGUGCUUUUUCGUUGUUUUCGUUACUGUUGUUUGGACUAACAAGAAUGUAACCCCAGAUCGUGACAAGCGAGGAACACUAGUGCUCAAUCUUCAUGGGACUCUGUGUAAGAGAAAUCCUUUGUAAGCCCAAUGACUCACCUGCUCCCGCCCCCAAAGCCUCAGGGCACCCUGGACAGGCCAUGUGCUGGCCAUGGCACCCAGCUUGGGUCCUCGUGCCCAUCUUCCCUCCCUGCAGCUGGGGGGCAGGUGUGUAGGCCCCUUAGCCCACAGUGGCAUGCACUGGCCUGCUCUAUCUCUGCAGUCCUCUGGCAGACAUUAAGACACUCCCUGGAGGCGAGAAAGGGAGACCAGAGCCAACAAGAGACACAGGAAAAGGCUUGGGCUCUGUCAUGUGGAGAAGGUGCAGGGGAGGGCUCCUCAGUGCCACUUUAAUGAUUUCUCAUUCCUGGCCUCUGCUUUUUGGGCACCCUACCAAGAGGUGACAGGGCAGAAUGUGUGGGACAUUUUCUAGAUUCUGAGAGGCAAGGACAAAGUUUUUGGGAACCACAGAAAAAUCUCAAAUCUUUCCCUGGGAAUCUGUUUCUGUUGCCCGACACCAUCCACAGCAUGUUUAACAUACAUUGGUGAGGCUGGCGCGUGACUCAGUUCCUCUGGUGAGAUACACUGAAAUCAGAGCCAAGCUUGGAGGCCUCAACUUAACAUACUGCUCAAAGGGAGCUAAGCAGUCUGGCCUAGGGGUGGUCUACCGAUAGACUCAAAAGACACAUUUUAAAGUCGGUUCAAGUAUUAGUAUAUAUAUGACACUUUUGCAUUCUCCUGUCUGAUACAGUUAGCUAUUCAAGGCAGCUAGGGAGAGUUAAGAAGACGGUUUUCUAUGGACCCAAACCAGGAUGAAUGGACUAAAACCUAGUAAGGCAGAAUGGACGCUCCAUGUAUGAUAGCCAAGCCAAUCCACCCGGAGUUGGGACCUCACUGUUUUCUUUUUACUUUAUCAUGAGUUUUGUCAUCUCAAUCCAAUCUGAGAGGAGCAAAAGAGCAUUAGCUAGCGUUUAUUAAGCACUCUAUGCUCCCUGGAAGAAAAUUGAUGUGCAAUUUAUGUAAGCUAUUUCUACAGCUGGGGCUCAGGAUAUUAGUCAAUGAACCAUCAAAACAAAACAAAAAAUCUUAUUUUCAUCUGUUUCAGACCUUACCUGGGGUCUAAGGAUGAUGGGGACAGGGUAGAAAUGGGGAGACAGGGUAGAAAAGGGUGCCCACUCUUUGGGGUCUAGAGAUAUGUGAGCCCUGGAUCUCUAAAAUGGCUGUUAGAUGUUGCAUGUGCAAAUUAUGGUCUGUGUGUUUAGGACAUGUACACUUGCUGGAGCCAGUCCCAGCUGGGCAGACGAUGAGUAGCUGCUUCAUGAGAGCAGACCACACUUCCUUUCUGCUUGCCACUCAAUCCUAUGGCCGCUCCCCUGGGUACCACAUCCUUAAGGUUCUCUGUCGUUUGAGAAGGGAGGCUCGGCACAAUCCCCAGUGAGACAGUCUGCAGUCACGGUGGCUCUUGGGGGAUUCACCUGCCAGGACAGAGAAGUAGGAAAGGGCUCUCAACCAAGAACUGGAUACAAAGAAAUCAGGCAGGGCUGAGGGAAGACAUCUUUGUCCAUCUUUGUGUGUCUGCAAAAGCUCAUGUCAGGUGGCAAGUGUCAAAGACGGGCCGAUUAGACAGAGGCCGCCAGAGAAAUGAAUGAUCUUAUGACUUCUCAAAUCAUUUAAAUAUCUGGUCACUAAUGAAGCAAGAAAACCUUAGCCAGUCCUGUAUUACUGAUUUUAAUCAUCUAAUUUUUAAUCAUUAAGAGACUUUAACAAGGUCUCUUUCCCACAAACGUAAAGAAAAUCUACUGGGAUUCUCUGGCUCUGCUUAAGGACUUAGCGUUGGAGUCUGAAGCCCAUCAGCGAAGAGAAAGACAGUUCCAUCCAAGUUUUUAAGGCAGGAAGGAAAAUGGAAACUUGGAAUGACACAUAUAGUGCCCAUUCAUCAAGACAGCACUGGAUGUUAGGACUCUGGCAGUGACAUGAGACCGUUUGGCGGGUACUAAGGAAGAACAAACAUUUCUCCUAGUGUUUGAGGUCACCAAUGUACACAUUGCUGAAACCUCAGGCAAGUCUAAGUCAGCCUAAGAGAGAUACUCAGGGAACAGAUCUGGUCAGAUCUUGAAAACUGUUGCAUGGGUCUUCGAGCAGUGCUUGCUCCCCUGCCUGUAAAUCAACGCAAUGAAGGAAGAGGGCUUCUUUUGACCGACAGUGGUAGGAACUGUACAUGUAUGUGUGUAUGUGUAUCUGUAUGUUUUGUGCAUAACUAUUUAAAGAAACUGGAAUUUUAAAGUUACUUUUAUAUGAAUCAAAAUGAUAUGCCACAGACAGAACUGAGAUAUGAUCUGGUCCCACCUUUUAGUCAUGAUGAAUGUAUUUCAUAUAUUAUCUUCAUUUAAUAAAAUCCACUUU